UACUCUGUAAAUGGUUCUAUAGAAAAGCUAGUCAAUCAAAGACUGUUCAAAUACUGAUACCAAUACAAACACAAAAGUCUGAGGAAUUUCGAACCGCAAUCUCAACUUUACUAUCGCAGGAAUGCCCUCUCCAAAGGUUCUUUGUCAAGACCAGAAAAGGAAUUGUUAUAGGGUUGCUGAUUGGCGUGUAUUUACUUAGGAAAUGGUUCUCUCAAGCGGUAAAAAACAAAGACAAAGGGUUUUGUUCUCACAUCUUUACUUUUCUCGCUUUGUGGGUUAAUGGCCUAUUUAAAGGUAUUGUAAGAAACAACCCAUAUGAAUGUGAACUAUGCGAAGAUGUUGGAAGUUUACUCAAGGAUUCCCCUUUGAUUGUUGUGUGCCCAAUAUGUUCCAGGCCCGAAGAUAGCAUUGACGCUGCAAUUCGAAAAAUGCCUGGGAACGUCAAGUUCGCUGUUGCUCUUCUUCAUUCCUGUUCGGAAGGGUCUUUACCUAUAUUUAAAACAAGUCAGAAACUACCAAAAACAGACAAGUAUCGGCACAUCAAAUUUAUUGAUAUAGCUGUUGACAUGGACGCAAAAAUUCACCGAUGCCAGGAUAAUGAAGAUGCAAGAAUUCAGUUGGAAAGUUUUAUCAAACAUUUUAACCAUACUUAAUUUACCUUGACUUUCUACUUUUUAAAUUCAUGUUGCACUGUUAAAUUUGAAAAAUAUGUGGGAUGCGGUAGUCGCAAAAACAUUCAUUGAUACAGUUUUGACAAUAAAACCAGGAUAUAACUUGCUUUAUGUAAACAUAGUCGGAUUAAAUGUAAUGAAAAUGCCACAAUAAGAGAGACACUUGUAACAUAAUUGUAACCGCUUGUGAAAAUAAUAUAUAUUUUAUUAUACGAAUAUAUAAAUAAUCGAAAUACAA